GUGACUUUACUUAGCGUUAACUCCGACUCCAGCUCCUAGCCAGCUAGCCGUUACGUCUGUUCAAUCCGGUCGCGUUCGUGACGUGUACACAUGCGAGUCACAUACGUCACUUUCCAGCGACUACUGGCGACAAAUUACACGUGUGGAAGACAAAGUGAGAGCGGGUGUAAAAAUGAGCGAGGACGUGGAGCGUAUGUUAAUCCAGUUUCAGGAUGAAGGUGGCGAGCCUCUUGGAUCUCCCUUUGACGUCCCACUGAACAUAACCCCUGAUAAGCUGCAGCUGGUCUGUAAUGCCUUGCUACAAAAGGAAGAGCCGGUGCCACUGCUGUUCUUCGUGCACGAUGCUGAGGUGGUGUCUUCCCUGGGGGCUUGUGUGCAGACUCUGGGUGUGGAAACGGAGCAGGUGUUGCCAGUAGUGUACCAACCACAAGCCGUGUUCCGCGUGAGGGCUGUGGCUCGCUGUACCAGUUCACUGGAGGGCCACACCGAGGCCGUCAUCUCAGUGGCCUUCAGUCCUACUGGGAAAUACCUGGCUAGUGGUUCUGGAGAUACGACCGUGAGAUUUUGGGAUCUGACCACAGAGACUCCUCAUCACACUUCCAAAGGCCAUAAACACUGGGUUCUGUCCAUCGCCUGGUCUCCAGAUGGCAAAAAAUUAGCGUCAGGGUGUAAGAACAGCCAGAUUCUCCUCUGGGACCCGGUAACAGGACAGCAGAUAGGAAAGACUCUGACUGGACACACUAAAUGGAUUACUUGGCUGUGUUGGGAGCCAUUGCAUCUGAACCCUGAGUGCCGGUACUUGGCUAGUUCAUCUAAAGAUGGUUCGGUUCGGAUAUGGGACACGGUGCUGAGCCGCUGUGAUAAGAUCCUGACGGGCCACACGCAGUCAGUGACCUGUGUUAAAUGGGGAGGCGACGGCCUACUGUACACUUCGUCCCAGGACAGGACGGUUAAAGUCUGGAGGGCCAAAGAUGGGGUUCAGUGUCGGACGUUGCAGGGUCAUGCUCACUGGGUGAACACGCUGGCUCUCAGCACUGACUACGUCCUCCGUACAGGAGCCUUUGAGCCAGCCACUGCUACCGUCAACCCUCAGGACCUCACUGGAUCAUUGGAAGAAAUCAAAGAGAGAGCGCUGCAGCGAUACAACAAAGUCAGAGGUGAGGCUCCUGAGAGACUGGUGUCAGGUUCUGAUGACUUCACACUCUUCCUGUGGAAUCCAGCAGAGGAGAAGAAGCCUGUGGCCCGUAUGACCGGUCACCAGGCUCUGGUCAAUGAGGUGCUGUUUUCCCCUGAUACACGGCUGCUCGCAAGCGCUUCUUUCGACAAGUCUAUCAAGAUCUGGGAUGGCAGAACUGGCAAGUAUUUAACGUCACUAAGGGGUCACGUGGCCGCCGUGUAUCAGGUAGCGUGGUCAGCAGACAGCCGUCUGUUGGUGAGCGGAAGCAGUGACAGCACGCUGAAGGUGUGGGAUGUGAAGACGGGCAAACUGAGCGUGGAUCUGCCUGGGCAUGCUGAUGAGGUGUUCGCUGUAGAUUGGAGUCCUGACGGUCAGCGAGUGGCCAGUGGUGGGAAAGACAAAUGUCUACGGAUUUGGAGGAGGUAGCUGGUGCAGGUUCCUGCCCCCACCACUGUACAUUUACCAGCCAAUGAAGCAGAUGGCUCAGUGUACCUACCUUUAUCAUUCAGCGGCCUGUCCCACAGGAUGACCAACAGCUGUCUCAGCUGUAACCAAAUCCCCCGUGUGUACUAUGAGUCAGCUAAGAGGACAUUUGCAGCACGUUCUGUCCCAGAGAAGCCUGAAGUUAUGGUGUCUUUCAUACUGCUUGGAAAUUCCCUGAAGCCAAGGACAGACUUUUCCAUUAGCCUUUUCAGAGACCACCUUAUUAAACAACUAUUAGAAAAGCUUUCAAUAAAAUUCCUCUUGCCCUUCUUGGAGUAAUUAAUGUG